AUGGAAGAAGGAACCGGCCCUCUGCCCUCCGAGCCCCCUCCGCUCCCGUACUCGCUGCGCACGCGAAAGAAGGCCAUCGCGAUCUUUUGGACCAUCUUCGUUAUCGAUACGAUGGGCCAGCCCCUGAUCUUGUACUGGACGCUAUGGUACCUCACCGAUCUAUCGCACAACUUGGCCACCAAAGUCUUUUCGAUCGUGACCGCGUGUUUGGGGGGUGUCUCGGUCUUUGAAUACUUCUAUCGUCUCUACAACCUGUUCCGCAAGGACUCCCGCGCCCGGCCGCUGAACGCAAAGAAAUCACGGCUGGAUUUUUUCCACUGGAAUUUCACCAUUGUUUGGCUCUUCCUGGCUGUUGAGCUCAUCGUUGGAACCGUUCCUACGGAACCCUAUGUCCGCCUUGUCGCCAUGAUCCUACCGACCGUCAUGUUCUACUUCGGAAUCGUCCACCUUUCCCUUGACAUCCUGCGCGUGGCCGGCUUCAAAGCGCCCUUCCGAAUCUCCUCGACUCCCAAAGGCUCCGCCAUGCCAACCGCACUAUAUGCGCUGAUCGAAGACGUAGUGGCAGUCGACGGCGGAGGCGGUCAGAUCUACCGGUACGCGCUGCGCAUACGAUACCUGUCUAGUCCUUACUUCCGACGGAUGCUGUUCGAGAUGAAUUGUUUCUGGAGCGGAGGCUCCAUCAUUUUCGCCGCGGCCAUCACAGCUGUGAUCUUCACUGUCUCUGAACCUGUGGCCUUUACGCUGGGCUGGACCCUCCCUUUUGCCUGGGCCGGCGUUUGGACGUUGAUCACCAUCCCUUGGGUCCAGAGUGACCUCCGCCGUGAGAAAAAGGCCUGGGCCGAGAAUCGUGGCCAGGGUGGUAUUCUCUGGGUCGACGAUAUUGCGGCGCCUACUGCGCGUACUCGUUUCGCGUCCGUGCAGGAACGCUUUACCCCGUGGAUGCGUGACAAGCACAGUGCACCUUCUACACCCUCAGCUGAUGGCGCGGAUACCGCGUCUCACGGCCCCGAGGGCACCGCCAACGUGACCGAUAGCGUUUCCCACGACCUUGAACACAUGCCGGACGGCGUGGACAGCUUGAACAAGGAACAGAAUGAGGGCAACGACUCGGAAUCGAAAGGAAACUAA